GUACUUUAAUUAGUUGAUUAAAAUGGUUAAAAAAUAAAUUCUAAUCGUUUAUUAGUUUAAGCUUGAACACUUGAAAGCUUUUAAAAGUUAAAAAGCAAAGUAUAACACCUCGAAUAUACCAUUUGAAGCUUGGAUCCGAAAUAUUAUUCGAAUCCAAGUUCACUUUGGAUUCCAUCAACAUUAAGAAACAGUUUUUUUCUGCUUAAAUUGUUACAUCCUUUGAUUGUUUUAAUUUUGUUUUGAUUUUUCUUUCUUUUAUAUUUUGCUCUUGUGGCUUAUUGUGUUAAUUUAAAGUUAAAAUAAUUCUACUAUGGCUGAUCCUUUAUCUCUUCUUCGACAGUACAAUGUUAGCAAAAAGGAUAUUAUUGAGAAAAAUGACUAUAUUUGUUUCGGUGAAUCUUGUUGGCCCAAGAAUGUUAAAACAAAUUACCUUUCUUAUGGAUCAUCUCGAGAUGGACCGAAUAAAGAUUUUUAUACCUUGGAAUGUCUUUACUUUUUCUUACGAAAUAAAGAGAUGCAACAUCCUGCAUAUGUUCGACAAGCAGCAGCUCAAGGUGUUCCUGUUGUCAGAAGACCUGAUCGUAAGGAUUUGCUCGCUUAUUUGACUGGUGAAUCAGCUACUUCACAAUCAAUUGAUCGAAGUGCGCCACUCGAAUUACCAAUACCUUUACACGAGAUUCAAGCUAAAUUUGGUAAAGAUGAUGAUAAAGGACCCGUUGGAUCUUUAGGUAAACUUGGAUCUGGUGAUUCAACUGGAGCAGAGGCUGCAGAAGAUGAGAAUGAAAGUGACCCAAAGAAGCUCAAGGUUGAUAGCAAACAUUUCUUAACAGAAGCAAAGAAACAGUUUUCAGAUCGUUUAGAUGCACCUAAAAUCAAAAAAUCGGAAUUAAUCGAUGCUGCUGGUGGUCAAACAGCGGCAGGAUUACUCGGUCUGAGAGGUAUCGGUUCUGCAGCAUCUUCAUCAGCAACUUCUCUCAAAGAGGCUUUGACUCUUGAACAAAUUGCCUCUCUCAAGGCUAAACGUAUGGCUAAAAAGCGAAUGACAAUUAUUGAUGCUGAAAAUGAAUUCGAAAAAGAUGGAGCUAUUUUGACCGGUACUGGUACAGCAGCUCCAACAAGCUCUCUCACUGGACCUUCAUCGAUUCUUUUCAAAUAUGAUGCUAGUGUUACUCGAGAAAUUCAAUCAAAAGAAAGAGUUUGGAGGAACAGAUCUACCAUUCUGGUAUCAACUGGCAAGAAUUUUGCCAAAUCAAUUUUUCCCAUUAUUCAAGCAAUUAAAGUUCGAGAAGAAGGCUCAUCAGCUAUUAACCAAAGAAAACCACCAGGAAAUAUUCCAAUGGGAGCUGGAUAUUCCAACAGUCAAAUGAAUGGUUCUAAUAUGAAUCAAAUGGUUUCAAGAAUUCCAAACAGUACUCCCAUGGGUGGAAAUAGCAUGAACCCUAAUAUGCCACCUCCAAACAUGAUGACAACCCAACAGUACAAUCGAUACGAUCAAGAAAGAUUCAAUCGCAGCGCACCAUCAAACGAAUUCAGAAUCGAUACAACAGGAUCUUAUCACGGCUUUAAUCUUAAAAAUGUAACAGAUAUUGGACCAAAUAGUAAUCUGAAUGACAGUGCAAACAGUCCAGGAUUAAAUCAUCCAUCAACUCCUGCAUUAUCAAAAGUAUUAUCUUCUAUACCUUCUCCAAUGACAUCAGUAAUGAACCAGUCACCAGGAUCAGCUGGUAAAAAACGAACUUCAAAAACUCCAAUCAUCAUUAUACCUUCCACAACAACCUCAUUGAUAACUCUUGCCAAUGCUAAAUCUAUACUCCAAGACCUUAAAUUCAUAGAAAGUAACGCCGGUGAAAUGCCAAGAGACAAUGAGAUUUUAAUCCAACGCCGUAAACAAGGUGAAAUUACAACGGUACCUUAUAGAGUGAUUAACAAUAUCCUUAAAUUAGGUGAGGGAGAUUGGGACAGGGUUGUAGCCGUUUUCGUCCAAGGACCUGCAUGGCAAUUCAAAGGUUGGCCUUGGGAGGGAAAUCCAGUUGACAUCUUUUCCAGAAUUAAAGCUUUUCACAUAAAAUGGGACGAAAUGAAGCUCGACUCCAAUGUCUCCAAAUGGAAUGUAGAAGUAAUCCAAUUAUCUCGAAAUAAGCGACAUUUAGAUCGAGCCAAUUUACUCAAAUUUUGGUCUUCACUCGAUACAUUUAUGAACAAGAACAAAAACUAUUUAAGAUUUUAAACUUUUCGUUCUCUCUCUCUCUCUUUUCCUCGCAAUCAAAAAAGCUUGAAGUUAAUUCAUUGACUCUCAUCUUAAAUUGUCAUCACCAUCAAUUCAUAAUUGUCCUAUUUGCUGAUUGCCACCAAACAGAUCUCUCUUUCUUUCUGAUUUAAUUAACUUUCUCUGAAUUAAAAGAUCUUUUGAUUAAAAAUUUAA